AUGGAAUCCAGAAACAUUGUUAUGGAUGACUUAACUAACGAAGUUGAUGUCACAGAUGAUGUUGAAACAUCAAUGAAUGAUGUUCCAGAAGAUGUUGCAGUCUCAAGUGCUAAUACUGAACCUAUAGAGACUGAGUCAACUAACAAAGGGCCUUCCAUCAAAAUCCAGAAAGAUCAUCCUAAGGAAUUUAUUAUAAUUAAUGUUAUGCAAGAUGAACUUGGCCAAUUCAAAAUUAAUGAGGUGUGGGAUUUGGUUCCAAGAGCUGAAGGAAUAAAUGUUAUUGGCACUAGAUGGAUGUAUAAGAACAAGUCAGAUGAACAAGGGGUUGUUACCAGAAACAAAGCCAAACUCAUUUCUCAAGGAUACACCCAAAUGGAAGGACUGGACUUUGAUGAAAUAUUUGCUCCAGAAGCGAACUUAGAUGUUUUUCCAGAUGUUCAAACAUAUUUGGAAAAAGAAACUAGCCCUGACAAUGAUUCUAGUGAAAAAGUUGAGGAAAGUGUUCUUGAACAUGCUGCUUUUGAAAGAAGGAGUAAGAAGAAGGCUGAUGAGUGUGUCCCUGAGCAUGCUACUCAUGAGAGAAGAAGUAAAAAGAAAGUUGAUCAUAUUAUCAAUGUUGAUGAACUAACUUUCGAUGAAGAACCUCUUACUAAUAUUGUAACUCCUGGUAUAGCCAAGAGACUGCAGAGACGAAAAGGAAAGGCAGUGGUGUUUGAAGAUUCUCUCUCCAAGGAGAUGAAAAGAAAAUCUGGUGGUUUGAAAAUCAAUCCCUCUAGAAGCUCCAUAGGAAAAUCUCCUGUUUGUCACACUAGAUCAUGGAGUAAAGUUGUUACCCCUACUAGAAAGAGGAAAGUUGUAUCUUCUAGUGAUUCUAAGUUUGAUGUUGAAAAGGAUGUCCAGGACAUCACGCCUAUAAAAAGAUAUGCUACAAAGAAGCCUCAUGUUGCUGUGCCCAAGGCUCCACUGAACAAUGUUUCUUUACAUUAUGUAAAUUGCUGA